AUGCAAGGCUGGGAGAAGGAGAUCAUGGGCCAGACGGCCAAGCGGCUCUGCGAGUGCGAGCCCUUCAUAGUGGGCCAGAACAACAAGACAUCCGAACUCAGCAUCCUCAACGUCGGCUUUGGCCUCGGCAUCAUCGGCAGCUUCUUCCAGCAGUAUCACCCCGCUCGACAUGUGAUCAUCGAACCCCAUCCUGAUGUCUUGCAGUUCAUCACCGAACGAGGUUGGCCCAACAAACCCGGUGUCCAUAUCUAUCCCGGCCGCUGGCAAGACUUCCUCGUCGACGUUCAGGAAAGCAAAAUUCAGGCUAACUUCGACGUCAUCUAUUGGGAUACGUUUUCAGAAGGCUAUAGAUCAUUGAAGGGCUUUUUCAAUAACAUGUCCGACCGCUUGUCCGGCUCAGAGGCCCGAUUUUCCUGGUUCCAUGGUCUCGGAGCCACUUUGCGUACAUUGUAUGAUAUUUACAGGGAGAUGGCAGGGAUGGAGAUGAGGGAAGCUGGUCCGAAGUCCCGUGGAUGGAGGUGA